UUUCUUUCUCUCUCUACCUGCAACCUCAGCAAACCCCAGAGUGUGCUGUCCAGCUUCCGGGUCCUGAAACUGAGAGCUGGCACUCACCCCGGCUGGCAUUUCUCCAGGGGGCUCAGAUUUCAGAGCCGGUUCUUCCUUCGGAAGGUCACCACAGCCCCCAGUCAAAGCUGCUGACUCCGGGACAGAACACGACUCCAGGACUUUUAACAUCCCAACCCUGAAAAAUCUUCUAACGCCCAAGAGUGAACAUGGAGAAACAUAAUUCAUCUUUGGUGGUGGAAUCAUCUUAUGCAGAUCUGGUCAUCAACGCAGGAAAAGUAACUUUUGGUGAAGGGAACAGAAAGAAGCUGCAGAAAUCUCAGAGAGACCAGGAGAAGGAGAAAGUGUCACAGGCUGCCUGUGCUUUAUUAAAUUCGGGAGGAGGAGUGGUUCUGAUGGAAAUGGCGAACAGCGAUGAGCAUCCUGUGGAGCUGGGGCUGGAUUUAGAAGAGUCUUUGAGAACACUUAUUCAGUCUUCAGAUUUGCAGGCUUUCUUUGAGACCAAGCAAGAAGGGAGGCGCUUUUACCUUUUUGUUAAAUCUUGGAGACCUGGCUCUUCCUCUGAAGACGACUCCAUCAAGCCCCGCAUUUGCAGCCUGGCUACUUCGUUAUACUGUAGAUCGGGCACCUCUGUGCUUUCCAUGGAACCAGGACAGGCGUUUAAUUUCCUCAGGAACAAGAAAAAUGCAAAACCUUCGAGGGAUGAACCUUCUAACAAAAUUCCCAGGGGGUCAAAGCAAAACUUCCAUAACUUGAAUCCCGCUGAACAAACCUUUAAAAGAGACCAGCUUCAACGUGGUGAAAUCCUGCCUUUUCCCGAGUCUCACUAUGUAGAGGUCAAACAGUUCUCUACAGACCACAUCCAACGAUACGUUAAAAACAUAAUUCCAGAGUACAUCCCUGCAUUUGCAAACACUGGAGGUGGCUAUCUUUUUAUUGGAGUGGAUGAUAAGAGCAAGAAAGUUCUGGGAUGUGCUAAAGAAAAUUUUGACUGUAACUCUUUGAGAAUGAUAAUAGAGGAUGCAAUAAGCAAAUUACCUUGUGUCCAUUUUUGCCAAUCCGAAUGCCAGAUAACUUUCACACACAAAUUCUUGCGUGUGUUAGAGGACGAACAGUUAUAUGGCUAUGUUUGUGCCAUCAGAGUGCAGCCGUCCUGUUGUGCAGUGUUCUCGGAAGCUCCCAAAUCAUGGACAGUGAAAGGCGGGCAAGUCUGCAGACUGACCACUGAGGAAUGGGUAGACAUGAUGAUGGACACAGACCCAGAUCUUGUACGCUUGUCCAAAGACUUUGAAUCUCAGCUGAGUCUGUCUAGCGGGCCUCCUCUCAGCAGACCAGUGUACUCCAAGAAAGGCCUGGAACAUAAGGAGGAUCUCCAGCGACUUUUAUUUCCAGUGCCAUCUGAAGGUUUGCAAUAUAAACCUGAAUCCCUGUGGCGGGAACUAUCCUCAGAGCAUGAAGGUCUGGAGGAGUUAAUAAACGAGCAAAUGCAUCCUUUCUCCCUGGGAAUUUUGAUCCUUUCUAGAAGCUGGGCUGUGGACCUGAACUUGCCAGAGAAGCCAGGAGUCAUCUGUGAUGCUCUGCUGGUAACACAGAACAGCGCCCCCAUCCUCUAUACAGUUCUCAGGGGGCAGGAUGCAGGCGGGCAGCGGUACUGCACCGACACAGCCUUUACUUUGAAGCAGAAGCUGGUGAACACGGGCGGCUACACCGGGAGGCUGUGUGUCACGCCCAGGGUCCUCCAGAUGAGUCCUGACAGCGAUGCAGAGCCCUGUGAAGGCUCAGGAGGCUCUCUGAUUGACUACCCGGAGUCCUAUAACCUUGCAGACACCCAGCAAAUGGAAACCUUGCUGCACUCCCUGGUGAUUGUCUUACUGGGCUUCAAGUCUUUCCUGAGUGACCAGGUCGGCUGUGAGAUUUUAAAUCUGCUCACAGCCCAACAGUAUGAGAUCAUCUCAAAAAACCUUCGCAAGACCAGAAAAUCAUUUAUCCAUGGUUUACCCGGCACAGGGAAGACCAUCAUAGCCAUGAAGAUUAUGGAGAAGAUCAAGAAUGUGUUUCGUUGUGAGAAAAAUGAAAUUCUCUAUGUCUGUGAGAACCAGCCUUUGAGGGACUUUAUCCGUAAUAAAAAUAUCUGCUGCACAGUGACCCGGAAAACCUUCAUGAGUUCUGACUUCAAAAAGAUUAAACACAUCAUCAUUGAUGAAGCUCAGAAUUUCCGCACUGAAGAUGGGGACUGGUAUAAGAAGGCAGAAACCAUCACUGAGAAAGGAAAGGGUCAUCCAGGAAUUCUCUGGAUCUUUCUAGACUACUUUCAGACCAGUCAGAUGGCUGACAGUGGCCUCCCCCGUCUCGAACACCAGGACACAAAAGAAGAGCUCACUAGAAUGGUCCGCAAUGCAGAUCAAAUAGUCAACUACUUACAGGAAAGAAUGCACAAGGUCAGAGAAAAUCCACCACCUAACAUCCCUCCUGAGUCCCUAAAGAUACUCCAUGAAGUUGAAUGGGCUCAAGGUGUUCCAGGCGAGUGUAAGAUUACAACGUACUUGAACUUGGAUCAAGUGGUGGCUUAUAUAACAAAGAAAUGCCAGUUUUUCUUGAAGCAAGGUUAUUCCUGCAAAGAUAUUGCUGUGCUUUGCAGCACAACAAGUGAUAUGGAAAAAUAUAAAUCUAAGCUUCAAACAGCAAUGAGUAAGAGAGAAAGUUCUGAGUCCAAUGAGGGAUCUCAUUUGUUUGAACAGUUCGAAAAUGCAUCAGAUGUCACAGGCAAUCACAUCGUGUUGGACAGUAUCCGUCGAUUUUCAGGCCUGGAAAGAAACAUUGUGUUUGGGAUCAAUCCACGGGCAGCUGAGCCAGCUGUUUUCAACAAUCUUCUGCUCUGUCUGGCUUCCAGGGCCAGGAAACAUCUGUAUAUUCUGAUACGCAAGCCCCAAGGCCUGCCCUGCUCCGGGGUUCACGCAAGCAGGCCCCACCGUGGGUGGAGUCUAAGUUCGAAUCCAGUCUUCUCUCCGGGCGUGUUGUGGAAGUCAGAGCCACAGCAGCGAAAGAGCGGUGGUGGAAUUCUCCUUUCCCUCAUUUCGAGAAUGAACAUGGAGAAACAUAAUUCAUCUUUGGUGGUGGAAUCAUCUUAUGCAGAUCUGGUCAUCAACGCAGGAAAAGUAACUUUUGGUGAAGGGAACAGAAAGAAGCUGCAGAAAUCUCAGAGAGACCAGGAGAAGGAGAAAGUGUCACAGGCUGCCUGUGCUUUAUUAAAUUCGGGAGGAGGAGUGGUUCUGAUGGAAAUGGCGAACAGCGAUGAGCAUCCUGUGGAGCUGGGGCUGGAUUUAGAAAAGGCUUUGAGAACACUUAUUCAGUCUUCAGAUUUGCAGGCUUUCUUUGAGACCAAGCAAGAAGGGAGGCGCUUUUACCUUUUUGUUAAAUCUUGGAGAUCUGGCCCUUCUUCUGAAGACGACUCCAUCAAGCCCCGCAUUUGCAGCCUGGCUACUUCCUUAUACUGUAGAUCGGGCACCUCUGUGCUUUCCAUGGAACCAGGAGAGGCGUUUAAUUUCCUAAAAAACAAGAAAAGAAAUGCAAAACUUUUGAGGAAUGAACCUUCUAACAAAAUUCUAAGGGAGUCAAAGCAAAACUUCCAUAACUUGAAUCCUGCUGAACAAACCUUUAAAAGAGACCAGCUUCAACGUGGUGAAAUCCUGCCUUUUCCUGAGUCUCACUAUGUAGAGUUCAAACAGUUCUCUACAAAACACAUCCAAGAAUACAUUAAAAACAUAAUUCCAGAGUACAUCCCUGCAUUUGCAAACAGUGGAGGUGGCUAUCUUUUUAUUGGAGUGGAUGAUAAGAGCAAGAAAGUUCUGGGAUGUGCUAAAGAAAAUGUUGACUGUAGCUCUUUGAGAAAGAUAAUAGAGGACGCAAUAAGCAAAUUACCUCGUGUCCAUCUUUGCCAAUCCCGAUGCCAGAUACCUUUCACACACAAAUUCUUGCGUGUGUUAGAGGACGAACAGUUAUAUGGCUAUGUUUGUGCCAUCAGCGUGCAGCCGUUCUGUUGUGCAGUGUUCUCGGAAGCUCCCAAAUCAUGGCUGGUGAAAGGUGGGCAAGCCUGCAGACUGACCACUGAGGAAUGGGUAGACAUGAUGAUGGACACAGACCCAGAUCUUGUACGCUUGUCCAAAGACUUUGAAUCUCAGCUGAGUCUGUCUAGCGGGCCUCCUCUCAGCAGACCAGUGUACUCCAAGAAAGGCCUGGAACAUAAGGAGGAUCUCCAGCGACUUUUAUUUCCAGUGCCAUCAGAAGGUUUGCAAUAUAAACCUGAAUCCCUGUGGCAGGAACUAUCCUCAGAGCAUGAAGGUCUGGAGGAGUUAAUAAACGAGCAAAUGCAUCCUUUCUCCCCGGGAAUUUUGAUCCUUUCUAGAAGCUGGGCUGUGGACCUGAACUUGCCAGAGAAGCCAGGAGUCAUCUGUGAUGCUCUGCUGGUAACACAGAACAGCGCCCCCAUCCUCUAUACGGUUCUCAGGGGGCAGGAUGCAGGCGGGCAACGGUACUGCACCGACACAGCCUUUACUUUGAAGCAGAAGCUGGUGAACACGGGCGGCUACACCGGGAGGCUGUGUGUCACGCCCAGGGUCCUCCAGAUGAGUCCUGACAGCGAUGCAGAGCCCUGUGAAGGCUCAGGAGGCUCUCUGAUUGACUACCCGGAGUCCUAUAACCUUGCAGACACCCAGCAAAUGGAAACCUUGCUGCACUCCCUGGUGAUUGUCUUACUGGGCUUCAAGUCUUUCCUGAGUGACCAGGUCGGCUGUGAGAUUUUAAAUCUGCUCACAGCCGAACAGUAUGAGAUCAUUUCGAAAAACCUUCACAAUACCCCAAAAUUCUUUAUCCACGGCUUACCCGGCACAGGGAAGACCAUCAUAGCCAUGAAGAUUAUGGAGAAGAUCAAGAAUGUGUUUCGUUGUGAGGAAGAUGAAAUUCUCUAUGUUUGUGAGAACCAGCCUUUGAGGGACUUUAUCUGUAAUAAAAAGAUCUGCCACCCAGUUACCCGGAAAACCUUCAUGAUAACUGACUUCAAAAAGAUUAAACACAUCAUCAUUGAUGAAGCUCAGAAUUUCCGCACUAAAGAUGGGAACUGGUAUAAGAAAGCAAAAGCUAUCACUCAGACAGGAAAGGGUCAUCCAGGAAUUCUCUGGAUCUUUCUGGACUACUUUCAGACUAGUCACACGGUUAACAGUGGCCUCCCCUGUCUCCAAAACCAGUAUCCAAAAGGAAAGCUCACUAGAGUGGUCCGCAAUGCAGGUCAAAUAGCCAACUACCUACAGGAAAGAAUGCACGAGGUCAGAGAAAAUCCACCACCCAACAUCCCUCCCGAGUUUCUGCAGAUACCCCAUGAAGCCGGAUGGGCUCAAGGUGUGCCAGGCAAGUGUAAGAUUAAGAAGUGCUUGGACUUGGAUGAAAUGGUGGCUUAUAUAAGAAAGAAAUGCCAGUUUUUCUUAAAGCAAGGUUAUUCCUACAAGGAUAUUGCUGUGCUUUGCAGCACAGAAAAUGAUAUAGAAGAAUGUAAAUCUAAGCUUCAAAUACCAGUGAGGAAGAGAAAAUGUCCUGAGUCCAAUGAGGAAUCCUAUCUGUUCGUAGAAUUCAAAAAUGCAUCAGAUGUCACAGGCAAUCACAUUGUGUUGGACAGUAUCCGUCGAUUUUCAGGCCUGGAAAGAAACAUUGUGUUUGGGAUCAAUCCAUGGUCAGCUCAGCCAGCUGUUUUUCACAAUCUUCUGCUCUGUCUGGCUUCCAGGGCCAGAAAACAUCUGUAUAUUCUGAUGCUAAACUAAGAAGAGUUGAUGGAGACAAAAUAUUCCCUCUGUCAUAGUUUCAGAAAAGGAAUGACUCAUUUGCAUCAUACAAGCAUUAUUUCUAACAAUUGACCCUUAUAAAAAAACUGCCUUCAGAAUUCUGGCGAAGAUGUAGGCAUAGGUAGACACACUGUGCCUCCUUGCACAACCAAGAGAAGGACAACAAUUUUAAAACAAAAAAGCAACCAGAAGUGACAGAAAAUCAAACUGUAUGGAAGUCUGACAACCAAGGAUUUAAGGAAGAAAUAUUCAUCCAGACCAGUAGAAGGGAUGGAGAUGGGCAGCCGGGCAGAGAGGACUCAAGACAAGGGGGCGGCUGGAAGACCAGUGAGGUAGCGGCUGGUGGAGUGGGCUGUUGCACAGCCAUGUGCAGAUAUACUUACUGGGCGGAACAACUGUGGAACUGUGACCAGAAAAGACCAGCGUUCAGGCUGCCUGCCACUACCAAAUCCAAUAAGCAAUGACAGUGAUUGAAUCUUUUAUGGGCACUUUAUUCAGAUGGCUGGCGAUCUGAGAAGAUGGCGGGUUCAUACCCUAACAAACCAUCUUCCCCUUUCUUUCCUGGCCAGAUCUUUUAUAAGGGGGUUGGGGAAGACAGAAGGAGUGAGUCAAGAGUCCUUGAAGUUUGCAGCUGCAGCACUUCUAUCCUGGGCAGUUAGCUGUCUCCAAGUGGGAGGGGUAGUCGCCUGCUCUUCCAGAUAGGGAUGUUUCCAGGCGGUCAUCUCUAGCCAGCACCCCAGGAGGCCGGCCGCUUUUUCUCAGGCGCCAGAUGGGCCUUAUCUGUAGUUUCUGAAACAAAGAGCUUAACAUCCACAAUACUUGCUAGAUUUAUGGCUAUUUGCCUUAAGCUAAAAUUUUCUAAGUCUUAAGCCCCCUAUCAGAAUG